AUGGUACUGUGUAAAUGUGAGCCUGACAAAGAUCAUUCUGAUAAUCACACUGAAUAUUUAACUUCAUUAGAUGUUGAAAUGACAAUGCCAGACAGGAAAGAUCGAGAAAACUGGUCACGUUUACAUGAACAACGUUGUAAUGGAAUGUUUUCAAUUGAGGUAAUCCCGACAGGAGAUGUUCGAUCUGAUAGCCGUUUAUAA